AGCACGCGCGUGAAUAAGUAAGCAGGAAAGGGUCUUCGUCGUCCAGGUGAAUGAUCGACGGCCAGAUGGCAAAACAUGAUUAAAGCUCACGCGCUACUCAGAAAUUCACAUCACGUCUAUCACCACUCGGUCUCCUCCGCCGAUGUCCCUGUCAGAAUACAACGCCUCCCCACGCGCCGGGAACGUCGAUGAAAGCCGCACUGCCGCGACCGUCGAGCGUGAAUUUAACAGCUCCGAUAUGGAAAUCGAUGACGAUGAAAUAGAAGAGGAAGACGAUUUGCAAGGCUCUUCGAAUCGAAAUGAUGCUCAACUCGGAUCAGAUUCGUUUAAUACUCCUGCAAAUUGUGGAACAAGAAUAUCAUCUAAAACCCUUGAUGUAGGAGAGGAUAGUGCUAAUUUUAAAUUUUCUAGUCUUCCAAAUGAACUGUUGACAACUCAAAAGGAGGAUCUAUGUACAAAAUAUGAUGGUUCCAAGUAUUCAGUAUCUGGAAAACAGCCUGCAAAGGAAAAGGCAAUUCAAGAAUAUAUGGUUCAUGGAAAAGAUACCCGAGCCAUUUUAGAAAGAAAAGCCCCUGAAGACUACCAUGAUCAGGAUACUAAAAAGCUUGCUGUCAAUGAGGUUAAUUCCAUUCCGGUUGGAAAUCACUCAGAUGAAGGAGUUCAGAGUGGCCUAGGCUUUGAGGAAAAAAGUAAGCAAAUUUAUGUGCAAAGAGAGGAUGGUAAGAGGAAGAUAAAAUCAAGGCCUGCUGCUUCUCUCACUAGUGCUGGGAGUCUAUCCCCUGGCAUUGACAGUGAGAGCAAACGCCCUGCGCUUAUAUGUGACUUCUUUGCUAGAGGAUGGUGCAUCAAAGGGAGUUCAUGUACAUUUCUUCACAUAAAAGAUGGGAAAAAUCCUGGACAACAGCCCGAGGAAGAUGUAGAUGUAGCAGAAGAGAAAAGAGCUGUUGAGCUUGAUGAAGGUUUUAGAAGUGCUGCUGAAAGAUCAAAAUCUCCUGCUUCUACUGAUACACGACCUUCCUCAGUUGUGAAUAAGGUUGGAUUAUCUUCUCAGUUCUUUCCAGAAAGAAUCUUGCCAUUGGGGCUUGAUGAAAGCCAUAGGUUGCAUCAAUUUCAUGAUUCUAAUAAGUUCCCUUUGCUCCAGAGUAAGGAGAACUCCAUGGUCACUUCCCCUGCCUCUCAGCGGUUUUCUGCAUCUAUAUAUGGUUUGGGACCACCUAAGGAUGUAAGGAAAAAUGGAUUAGGUCAGAAUUUUCCUUAUGAUAAUUAUGCGAAGCUUGCUUCACUGGGAGAUAAAGGUACCUUCAGUAAUAGUUUUGUUCCUGAGAAUAUAUCUUCAUUAAGCGGCUCAGUUACGUCAUUGGGCAAUGCAUAUAAUGCGAAUCAAUCGCUUCGUGUCUCAACAUGCCUAGCAUCACUGCCUUUAAGCUAUUCUUCAAGUGCAUGCCCUCUUGGUGCUCAAAAGAUGUUGGACAAUGACAGUGAGCGUUGUACUUCAAGGUUAUCUUGUUUGCUGCAAGUCUGUUCCCCCUUCACUAAUUCUAAACCAGAAAACUUUCUUGUAAAUGAUAUUGCCAGGGAUCAUCCAUUGCACUUUUCUGAAUGUAGAAUAGAAAUUUCUUCAGAUGAUUGGGAACCUUCAUUACCCUUUCGGCCAUCCUUUUUUGUCACCUCUGGCUUAUCAUCUCCGCAAAGCCAGUAUGACCCUGUUCGUGAUAGCAUUGAUUCCCCCAAUGCAGGAGAGAGGUCUCUUAUAUUUUCUUUCUCUAAUCCAGGUCCAUCACUCUUGAAUGUAGCAUAUCCACCAGCAUAUGGCGAUUCUACAUCAACAGGGCCAAUGAUCCCUGGACGUAAUGAUGAUAAAAGAACAGCGUCUUGUCAUAAUAGAUACCAUGAGAAUUGGGUCAACAAUAAUUGCUACCCUUCUGGAAAAGAUUUGCUAACAAUUGAUGCAAACGAUGGAACUUCUGCAGUUGAGAUGCAAAAUGGGACUCUGGUGAAAGAAGAGAUUUCCUCGGUUGCUUCUCGUGUCAUAAACACUUCAGCGGAAAAUAAAAUUGAUACAGAUCAUGAUCGCAGACAUCGAAGAGGCACGACUAGAUGCAAAAAAGACUUGGAAGUAGAUAGGGUUAGAGAAAAGAAUGAAAUAGAUGUUGAGGUUGAACAUAAGGAAGAUGGGGAUUUGCGAAAAGAAUCAAAAGCAAUGAGGCAUUUUCAUGCUGCUCUUGUAGAUUUAAUUAAGGAACUGUUGAAACCAACUUGGCGUGAGGGUCAUCUCAGUAAAGAUGCUCAUAAUACAAUAGUCAAAAAAGCAGUUGACAAAGUUCUUGGUAGCAUACAGCCUCUUCAGGUUCCAAUCACGUUUGAGUCAGUUAAGCAAUAUCUUUCUUCAGCCCAACCAAAAAUAGCAAGACUUGUUGAGGGAUAUAUCAAUAAAUACAGAAAAUCUUGAGAUGUUAGGCCGAGUGCUUAUGUAUCUUUUGCACAUUUAAUUAAUGAAAGUCUUGUACAAUUUAAACCGAGUAUCAUGAAAUUCUGGAUUUUUUCAUGAAAUGUUUUCGUAAAGAUUUGUUUUUGCUUCUUUAUUAGCUGUAUUUAGAAUGAAUUUCUACAAUAUAUGUGUCUUCCUAACAGUUGGCAAGUCUAAGAGACUAUUUUAUUUUUCUUAGCUUGCAUGUUGUGAAAUCUCCCAAG